CUCUCUGAUGGCAGAAUAAUUCCAGAUUUCAUAGGUAAGUUCUUACGGCUGAGUGUUUCCCCAUAUCUCCAGCCUGGUAAUCAUCAGUACACAAAUGGAGUAAACUUUGCUUCAGGGGGAGCUGGUGCUCUAGUUGAAACCCAUCAAGGAAAGGUGAUAGACCUUAAAACCCAACUUAGUUAUUUCAAGAAAGUGGAGAAGCAGCUAAGGCAGAAAGUGGAGACCAAACCUUUUUUUAUCGAAGCCAUUUACUUGUUCAGCAUUGGAAGUAACGAUUAUGUAGCACAUUUCACAACAAAUUCCACUGUGCUUCAGCAAUACUCUAGAGAAGAGUACGUUGCGAUGGUCAUUGGAAAUCUAACAAUUUGCGCUCAAACUUAUGGUUACAGUUUCGUGUAUCAGGAAAUAUCUAAAAAUGGUGAAAGGAAAUUUGGAGUUGUAAGCUUGCCCCCAUUGGGUUUUCUGCCAUCAAUGAGAGGAUUUAAACAGAACAGAUAUGGUGGAUGCAUGGAAGAAGUUACAAUUCUAACAAAACUAAAUAACAAAGAACUUUCUAAAGCUCUGAAUGAGCCAAAGAAACAGCUAAAAGGAUUCAAGUAUUCGAAUUUUGAUUGCUACUCUUCAGCAAGUGAAAGAAUUAAAAACCCUUCAAACCCUUCCAUAAUUUCUACACUAUGA